CUCAUGUCCCUUUUAUUCUUCCACUCUCUUCUUUUAUGUUGCCUUUCAUCUCUCCCCUUCUCUCUCAUGGUCUCACCUACUCAGUCUCAUUCCGUCAUUUUUCGUUUCCAACGUUUUCUCUCCUUCUCUCUUCAGUUUACUUGGGAAAAUAUCGUUACUUUUUCUCUCUUUCCCCGUGAUCUGCACUGAUGCUUUUGUGACGUUCGUUUAUAUAUUUUCUUUUUAAUUUACAAUUGCAUUCGGUUUUUUGUUGAGCCUUGUAAACGCGUAAUUAUCAUCCAUGGAAAAGGGCGUGCAACAGAACGGAGUGUGUACCUCAGAGUCUGUCGACGGAAGUCGUGAUGUGUGGAGUUCCAAGGUAUCUGAUUCUUCGUCGGCCGACCAUCUCGUUGUCAUGGUCAAUGGAAUUCUGGGAAGGUUUUCACUAUUCCUGCAGCGCAACGGAUUGGAAGUUUGCUGCAGAGCAAUUUGUUAAAGAGCUUCCUGAUAAAGUGUUUGUUCACUGUAGCGAACGAAAUGUGUCUAGGUUGACACUAGAUGGUGUGGAUGUAAUGGGGGAGCGAUUGGCAGAGGAGGUUAUCGAUGUUAUUCAAAGAAAGCCAAACAUGCGUAAGAUCUCCAUUGUUGCACACUCUGUGGGAGGACUGGUGGCACGGUAUGCAAUUGGGAGACUGUAUAGGUCAUCGGAAAGAGAAUGUGUGCAUGACUCAUGCACUAGAGAAAGUAAAGAGAACUCAAGUGGUACGAUAUGUGGCUUAGAGGCAAUGAAUUUCAUUACUGUUGCUACACCUCACCUAGGAUCAAGGGGCCAUAAGCAGGUACCAUUUCUUUUUGGUGUACCUGCAAUUGAGAAACUUGCAAGCUGUGUUAUUCAUUUUAUUUUUAGGAGAACUGGUCGUCAUCUUUUCCUUACUGAUGAUGAUGAAGGAAAGCCACCAUUGCUCAAGCGCAUGCUAGAAGAUUCUGAAGAACUUCAUUUCAUGUCUGCAUUGCAUACUUUCAAAUGCCGGACUGUAUAUUCAAAUGUGGGCUAUGAUCAUAUUGUUGGCUGGAGGACAUCAUCCAUCAGAAGAAAUAAUGAACUUCCAAAGUGGGAGAAUAUGGUAAAUGAAAAAUAUCCUCAUGUUGUAUAUGAAGAGCAUUGCAAGGCGUGUGAAGCUGAGCAGUGUGAUUUAUUAAAUGACAGCUCUGAUAAGAUUGAAGAGGAGCUGGUAACAGGCUUAUCUCGUCUGUCAUGGGAAAAAAUAGAUGUUAGUUUUCACCGUAGUAGACAGAGAUUUGCUGCUCAUAGUAUCAUUCAGGUCAAGGACCAAACCUGGCAUCUAGAAGGUGCAGAUGUCAUACGUCAUAUGAUUGAUCAUUUUCUGACCUAAAAGCUGAUGAUGAUUCCUUGGAUUGAGUACUUCCUAGCUAUAUAAACUUCCUCAAAGGGGUACGAACAAUUUGCUCCUUGACAAUUAUAGAGUUCUCCAUAAACCAAGGUGAAAUAGUUUUUUUGAAUUUUUUUUUUUAAUCAUGAACUAUUCGUAAUGUAUAUAAUGUAUGAUUUAUAUGGGGAAAGACAGAAACUUCCUCAUUCAGGAAAUAAGUUCUAGAAACAAUUGCCUGAUUCUAUUUAAAAUACUAUGGAUGGUAACAUGAUUUGAAGUUCAUUUGUUAAACUGGAUGACAGUAAGUUAAAAGGAAAAUGUAAAGUCUCCUCUUGAAUAAAAAAGGGAAAAAAUUGUUUCAUA